AUGUCGGAGGCCGCGCCCAUCGACCCUGUUUUAGUGACCGUAUCAAUGCCGAGCGAGGAGGCGCUGUGGUGGCGGCUGGAGAUUGCGCCGUCGCGGGGCUGGGCCCCAGUGUGGCGCGACCCGGCGCUUGGAGCGGUGGCGGUGCUGAGCGCCGCGAUUGGCGCGCUGAGCUGCGGCAUCCUGGUCAGCAGGCGGCGGCUCAAGCGCACAGUCAAGGCUCUGACGGUCACCAACCGCGCCCUGGCCGCCGAAAAAGAGCGAAUGGACGUGCUGCUGGCUCGACAGCUCAACCUCAUCAGCUGCGCCCUGGGGCAGCGCAGCAGCGACAGCGGCGGCGCGCGGGCCGGCGGCGGCGCCAAGCCAGUGGAGCAGUCUGCACGAGAGCAAAUUGAGGACAUGCGGCGGUCGCUCAACACGCCCAGCGGGGCGGCCCAGGGAGUGGACGAGCUUGAGUUGCUGGAGCUGCUGGGGGAGGGCGCUUUCGGCAAAGUGUACAAAGGCACGUGGCGCGGCAGUGCGGUUGCAAUCAAGGUGAUGAUUCUUCCUGCAAGGAUGAGCGGCAAGGAGAAGCGGGAGAGGAUGGCCCUGAUGGAGGCCGCCAUAUCCUCGGUGAUGCACCACCCAAACAUCGUGCAGACGUAUACCUACACAAUCCAGCAGUCAACCAGCAGCCAUAUCAGCAGCCUUGACAGCGACAACAUCGGGGCGUUCAGCAUGCGCUGCCGCAAGCGCAUCGCGCCCAGAGCACCACCUGGCGGCGACGCCCUGUCUGCUGGAUCGCUGGCUGCGCCCAUCCAGUCAAGACCCAGCUCGCGCAUUCACAACUUUGAGGUGUGCAUUGUCCUGGAGUACUGCGAGAUGGGAUCUCUAAGGGACGCUCUGGAUGGGGGGGCGUUCUUCCUCGAUGAGGGCCGGAAGCACGUCAAUAUGGCUGCAGUGCUGGAGACGGCGGCCGACGUGGCACGGGCCAUGAUACACCUCCACACGCAGCAGAUCAUCCACUCUGACCUGAAAGCGCGCAACGUGCUGCUCAAGGCGGAGGGUAAGGGCGGCCGCGGCAUAGUGGCAAAGGUGGCAGACUUUGGCCUUAGCGUGAGGAUCGACACCCACGCAACCCACGUCUCCGAGUUUCAGGGCACCGUCAGCCACAUGGCCCCUGAGACCCAGCUGCAGCGGCGCAUCACAAAGGCCUCUGACGUGUACAGCUUCGGCAUCACGCUGUGGGAGCUCCUCACAGGCGGCCACGCCUUCAAGGGCACCCCAGUCCUGCUGCUGGCACACGAGGUCUCUGUCCAGGGCAAGCGCCCCCAGUUCCCUGACUCGACGCCGCGCGGCUACCGCCGACUGGCGGAGGCGUGCUGGGACCCUGACCCGGCAGCGAGGCCCUCGUUUCAGGAGAUCCUGCCGGCGCUCCUGGCCAUGCGCAAGCACAUCGGCGGCGCGACGCCCCCGCUGCGCCCCUAUGUGCCCCACGCCAGCUCGGAGCCCGAAGGGGUGCAGCUGCCGCAGGCGCGGCUGGAUCCCUCUUUUGAGGGCGAUGACGAGGACGAAGAUGAGGAGGGCGACGGCCACCUUGACAACGGCGGCGCCGACGGCAACGACGGCGGUGGUUGCGAGGGCCCUGGCGGCGCCGCCUAUGAUGGCCGCGGCGCCUGCGAGGGUCGCGCCGCCUUCACCCGCGCGUCGUUUCAAGAGGGCAACGGCGGCGCAGCUGCGGCGGUGGAGGCGGCCGACGCAGCGCCCGCGCUGCCGAUGCUCGCGCCGCAGCGCGGGCCAACUGCGAUGCCGCUGUGGGGCGCUCCGCCGACCAGCAUGGCGAGCGGCUUCAGCCCCAGGUCCCUGGGGCUCUGA